GCGAUUUGAACUAGUCAGAGAAAGUGUGGAAGAUCACGGCACAAGAAGUUAACGGAAAUUAAGGAAAUAUGAAGGCAAUUAGUGUUGCAUUGUUUUUCACCAUUUUGGGUUUGACAGCCGCCCAAUCCGGCUACCGCUAUUCGGGACCACAAGCGCCUAUCGCGCCGCCUGCUAAUCAUCAUCAUAUUCACCAUCACAGCCAUCCAGCUCCUAACCCAGCACCAAUCGUGCCACAACUACCAAGCAGCAUCUACUCGCCAGUACAGUCGCCACCGCUGCAGACAUUCAAUCCAUCGCCCUCAAUACCAUUGCAACCACCACCAGCAGAGAUUCCACUACCUGCACCGCAAGCACCACCACAGACGCUACCACCGCAGCUACCUCCACAAUUGCCAGCCCCACCCGGUUACUUGCCUCCAACACAGGGUGGUGCUGUGCAAUCAUUCUCGCAAGGUCAGCAGCAACAACAGUUUGGUGCUCAAUUUGGCGCCGCACAGCUCAGCCUGCCGAUUCAGCAGCAACAACAACAACAAUUCGGUGGCUCAGGCUUGAAUUUCCCCGCAGGCGGUCAAGGCGGUCAAGGCGGCGGCUUCCAACAGAACUUCCAGUCCUUCCAACAGCCACGUCAACAAACCGCCAUCAUUACCAAGGAUAUUUACAUACAUUCCGCUCCCGAAGAUCAAGAAGAGACACUGUUGGGUCAACAAUUGGAUAAUGCACCAAUUCGUAAGAAUUAUCGUAUUGUCUUCAUUAAGGCGCCACAACACAACAUCCGAUUGGCUGGCGCUGCAUUGAAACAUGCACAAAAUGCCAAUGAAGAGAAGACCGUCAUCUAUGUGUUGUCUAAGAAACCCGACUUGACUGAGGUACAACAACAGCUGGCACAGGCUCAGGGUCAACAGAAAUCACACAAACCCGAAGUAUACUUCAUAAAGUACAAGACUCAAGAGGAGGCUCAACGUGCCCAGCAGGAAAUUCAAGCUCAAUACGAUGCUUUGGGUGGUUCCACACACAUCUCCGAUGAGGGUGUUGCUCCUCUAACCUCGGUUGGUUCUGGUGGAUCUCUGAACUUAGGUGGUGGUGGUGGCAGUGGUGGUUUUGGCCAUCAGCACACAUCUUUCGUGCAACAGAACUUCCAGUCGGCUGUCAAUUAUGAAGCGCCAAACAACAAAUACUUGCCAAUCAAGAAGAAGUAAAGCAAAGGGACAAGAUCGUUUGUAAAGUUAAAGAUUUUUAGAAAAUCGUUGGAAAAUUAGUUUAUUUUCACUGACUUCUCACACAUUUUCUAUCUAAACUGUGAAGAUUUUUCAUUUCUUUAUGAAUCAUGCGCGCAUCACAUGUCGUGUCGUUCAUUCACACAUAUGCCAUUUACACAUACAUAAAUAGUUUGUAAUAAUUUUUUGAAUGAAAUAAACCG